AAGAGGGGAUGGCAUUGACCCUGUUAAAUCUUUUUGCAUCUUCCUUACGAAAUCUUCCAACAUAGUCUCCUUUUCCGACUGGGCCUUGAGUUAUGAUAAACUCUUUCGCUACAGUUUAGUGCUUUUUAUCUUCCCCACAAUAAAUCGAAAAUUGUUCCUAUUGGUCCUCAUCUGCUUCAGUCAGGCAAGUUACAUCCUGUUAACAUUGUCAGAUGACAGGGCCAGCCACCUGCUUCCUGCUCAUCCAGUUUCUCCACAUUGUAUGAUUUCGGGGAGCCAAACCAAACUGGCUUACAUUUCGCCCAGGGGUGCGAGGUCGCGAGGGGUAAAAAACAAACGAAACCAAGCAAAAGCGGGGUGAGGGCAGGUCCCAUCAACCUCGUUUGGAGGUCAGGAGAAACCUAGUCAAUCCCGAGAUUUCUUGUAAGCAAAAGACAGUCAGUGCCUCCCCAGUUAUUACUAAAUGAGGUAAUUGGGCCGCGGUCACCGCCCUCGAAGAGUGUGUGGUUGGCUGGAGAAUUUCCCAGCGUCCCAGCCCUCAGCUCCAUUGGGUACUUCCGCGCUUACGAGCAAGAGGUGACAGGGGCGGGGCUGCGCUGGGCUCGGCGCUGCGCUGGGCUCGGCGCGGGCACGGCAACGCGGUGGCGUCACUGCCGACGCAUUGCGUGGGCGGGGCCUUACUUUGAACCUAGUUGGCGGGAGUUGUGGCUUGGGAAGGGGCCUUAGCUGAUGCUACAGGCUUCCUUCUGGGCUGGCCUGCUAUGGAGCGCACUGCGGGGAGAGAGAAGGAGAGUGGAGGAGACGCAGUGACAGUGGAGUGCGUGAAUAGGAUCCCGGUGCCAAGACCUCCUUCCAUUGAGGAAUUCACCAUAGUGAAACCUAUUAGCCGUGGCGCCUUCGGGAAGGUGUAUCUCGGGCAGAAAGGCGGCAAGUUGUAUGCGGUGAAGGUUGUCAAAAAAGCAGAUAUGAUCAACAAAAAUAUGACACAUCAGGUGCAAGCUGAGAGGGACGCACUAGCACUAAGCAAAAGUCCUUUCAUUGUCCAUUUGUACUAUUCACUACAGUCAGCAAAUAAUGUCUACUUGGUAAUGGAAUAUCUUAUUGGUGGAGAUGUCAAGUCUCUCUUACAUAUAUAUGGUUAUUUUGAUGAAGAGAUGGCUGUCAAAUAUAUUUCUGAAGUAGCCUUGGCUCUAGACUAUCUUCACAGACAUGGAAUCAUCCACAGGGAUUUGAAACCAGACAAUAUGCUUAUUUCUAAUGAAGGUCAUAUUAAGCUAACAGAUUUUGGCCUUUCCAAAGUUACUUUGAAUAGAGAUAUCAAUAUGAUGGAUAUCCUUACAACACCAUCAAUGGCUAAACCUAGACAAGAUUAUUCAAGAACCCCAGGACAGGUGUUAUCUCUCAUCAGCUCUUUGGGAUUUUACACACCAGUUGCAGAAAACAACAAAGACUCUGCAAAUAUUCUUUCAACCCAUGUAUCUGAAACAUCACAGCUUUCUCAAGGACUAAUUUGUCCUAUGUCUGUAGAUCACAAGGAUACUACUCCUUAUUGUAGCAAACUACUAAACUCAUGUCUUGAAACAGUCGCUGCCAAUCCUGGGAUGCCUGUGAAGUGCCUAACUUCCAAUCUCCUGCAAUCCAGGAGAAGGCUGGCUACGUCAAGUGCCAGCAGCCAGUCUCACACCUUUGCGUCCAGUGUGGAGUCUGAGUGCCACAGCAGUCCCACAUGGGAAAAAGAUUGCCAGGAAAGUGAUGAUGCACUGGGCUCUACAAUGAUGAGUUGGAAUAUAAUAGAAAAGCCUUUGUGUACAAAAUCUACCAAUGCCAUCGAGACCAAAGGUUUCAAUAAAAAGGAUCUUGAGUUAGCCCUUUCUCCCAUUCAUAACAGUGGUACCAUCCCUGCGACUGGAAACUCUUGUGUAAACCCUGCUAAAAAAUGUUUCCCUGGGGAAGUUUCUUGGGAAGCAAGAGAACUGGAUAUAAAUAACAUUAACAUGGCCACUGACAAAACACAGCCUGCUUUUCAUCAGUCUGAUCCAUGGGCUGUGGAUUCUGGUGAUAUGACUGAAGAGCACCUUGGGAAGAGAGGUUUUAAAAGAAAUUUUGAGUUAGUUGACUCUAGUCCUUGUCAGAAUAUUAUACAGAAUAAAAAAAAUUGUAUAGAGCUUAAGGGGAGUAAUGAAAUGAGUGAUGGUUGUAUAAAUCAAAGGACAGGCUUAACAACUGAAGUCCAAGACCUUAAGCUAUCAGUACGUAGAGGUCAGCAAAAUGACUGUGCUAAUAAGGAGAACCUGGUCAAUUCUUUCACUGAUAAACAACAAACACCAGAAAAAUCACCUAUCCCAAUGAUAGCAAAAAACCUUAUGUGUGAACUAGAUGAAGAUUGUGACAAGAAUAGUAAGAAGGAGCACUUAAAUUCUAGUUUUCUAUGUUCUGAUGAUGAGAGAGCUUCUAAAAGUAUUUGUAUGGACUCCGAUUCAUCUUUUCCAGGAAUUUCUAUAAUGGAAAGUUCUUUAGAAAGGCAGGCCUUAGAUCCAGAUAAAAGCAUCAAAGAAUCCUCUUUUGAAGAAUCAAACAUUGAAGGUCUACUUACGGUAUCACCCAGCUGGCAAGAAAGUACCUUGCCAAAAAGUGAUGAGAAUCCUGCUGUCCAAGGCAGUAGCCAAAAAAUGUUAGCUCCAUCUUCGGACGUGUUGAAAACAUUAACCGUAUCUAAAAGAAAUGCUGUAGCUUUUCGAAGUUUUAACAGUCCUAUUAAUGCAUCCAGUAACUCAGAACCAUCCAAAAUGAGCAUUACCUCUUUAGACACAAUGGAUAUUUCCUGUGUUUAUAGUGAUUCAUAUCCCAUGGCUAUAACCCCUACUCAAAAAGGAACAUCCUAUAUGCCAUAUCAGCAUACCCCAAAUCAGAUCAAAUCAGGAACUCCAUACCGAACUCCAAAGAGUGUGAGGCGAGGGGCAGCCCCAGUGGAUGAUGGACGAAUUCUUGGAACCCCAGACUACCUUGCACCUGAGCUGUUACUGGGCAGGGCCCAUGGCAGCAGACACAUGGACAAAGUACCUACUCAGCUUUCCACUGGCCAUGCUGUAUGUCAGAAUGGGACUUGUCCAGCUUGCUCUUCCUCUGUUCCCUCUCUCAAUUCCACCACCUUCGUGAUAGCACAGACCUUGCCCCUACAUUCAGGCAGGUAAGUCCAGCCAAUACUGUCCCUGCAGAAUUUCUUCUCACUUUUUCAUCUCUGUCACUAUCCUCUGUAAGAAACUCCUCUUUCCCUUUUCAUUAAUUUACUAGCUCUCUUCCUGGACCAUCAACUUCAUUCUGUUGUCUAUAAUCACUGCCACCAGAUUUCCCCUCUUAAGACAUAAAAUGGUCAGGCUACUUCUCUCCUUCAAAAACCAUGGUGGCUCCGUCCCACCUGCAAAAUAAAAUCCAGAUUAUUGAUCAUGGCAUUGGAGGCUCUAAGCUCUUGUAGUAGCCUCAUCUCUCAAAGAAUCUCUCUCUGUUUCUUUUCCUUCUAUAAACAACAAAAAUGUAUUCCUCACACACAGUUCCAGAGUGUGGGAAGUUCAAGAUCGAGGUGCCAGCAGAUUCAAAAGAAUCUCAUUAUACGCCUUAUGUUCUCAUUCUGCUUCUUAGACUCAUCUUUCUUCAGCUUUUCCUUAUCUUGCGCAAGUAUUUUCCCUUAGUUGAGAAAAGCCAGAACCCCAUCAUCGUCCCAUCAAAUUUCGUCUCAUCUCAUCACCUGUUCAAAUGUUACCUCUUCCACAAAGCAUCCUUGGUCAGUUAUGGGGAAGUAGCUGUUCACUUUUAUAUCACUUUUUUAUACACUGUUUAAUGUCAGCUUAUGUCAUUUUACCUAUGUUAUUAUAUUUGUCUCCACUGCAAAAGCUUAUGAAAAUUUCUUAACACUUGAGUCUGUGUUUUCCUUCUACAUAGCACUCCAGAAGGAUUCCUGGGUUAGCACUCAACUAACACUGUUAACAAUCUCUGUGAUGCUGAAAGGAGAGACCUUCCGUAUUCCCCAUUACUGGCCAGAGCAACUAAGUUCCUCUGGGCAUCUAACUGACUUUGUACAGUGCCCGUAUUGCUAAGUCACAGGUUUGCCGGCUCAUUUCCUGUAAUCUGCAUUUUCUCUAUCUAGGAUCCGGUAUGAAGGUAAGCUUCAAAUUGAAAGGUUUGCUUUAUAGGAUCCUGCCACUGUUUUAGUGGGAGGAUCUAGUUACCUCAGCUAUCUAGUGAUAGAUUUUAAGAUUUUCACUGCCUAUAAAGGUAAUUUGGUCCACAGUUUUUAAAAUAGCAAAUAAGGGGCGCCUGGGUGGCGCAGUCGGUUAAGCGUCCGACUUCAGCCAGGUCACGAUCUCGCGGUCCGUG